GGGGAGUGAUAGAGACUCCCAGCUCCUACAAGGAGAGAGGACUGCAGGGAGGUUUUUUACAAGACAGUUCCUGGAUUUGGACUAGAUUAGGUGAGAGCGUCCCUGAAGCCUGGACCCCUACAGAAUCUGGUCUAAGGAGCUGAUGAACAAUAAAAUAAAAACACGUUAAGAUGUCGUUUUCAUCUAUUAAAAUAGGAAAAAAUACAAAUGUUUCACGGCUCACAGUAUUAACAGUAUGUUCCCAUAUUGCCAUAUUCCGCAAAGAUGAGAAACCUCCAUGUCCCUCAUUAGGGACUUGGGUAUAUCUCUAUACAGCAGUAAUAUACAACCACAAGCAAUAAAGAGGACGCCUUCUAUGUAUUGUUACAUAUUGUUAAGGAGAGAUCUCCAAAAGCAGUUGUUUUGGUCAAAAGUGUAAAGAUUGGUGCUGUCAUUUGCAUACAAAAGGCUGGGAGAAGAAUAUCCAUAGAGUAGCUGCGAAGAGCCAGGGGAACAGGGGAACCAGAAGGGGAACGGGAGACCUUUCUGUGUCUUCCAGUUUGUAUCUUUUACAUGGACAUGAGUUACCGAAGCGGGAGAGGAAAUCAACACUGGAAAAAUAAAAGCCCUGCUCUGGUAUCAAAGGACGAUAGCUCGGCUUGAUUUUCAUACUGACUCCGAUGGUUGAUAGAGCUAGGAAAUACAUUUCAAAAAGCAAAACCUAUAGCUGCUGCAGGAUCUGCCCAACCUGCCGGGAUUGCUGACCUGUUCCCAGCCAGACCCUCUCACCUGCUGUGGUCUCUACAGAGCCUUGGCUGCCCAGUUGCCAGUCCUACCACGAUCGGAGGUAACCUUCCUGGCUCCAGUCACACGGCCAGAUAAGGUGGUGUGUGUGGGCAUGAAUUAUGUGGACCACUGCAAAGAACUGAACAUGUCCGUGCCCAAGGAGCCCAUCAUCUUCAGCAAGUUUGCCAGCUCCAUCGUGGGACCCUAUGAUGAGGUGGUCCUCCCACCAGAGAGCCAGGAAGUAGAUUGGGAAGUGGAGCUGGCCGUGGUCAUUGGAAAGAAAGGCAAGCACAUCAAGGCCACAGAUGCCAUGGCCCACGUGGCCGGCUUCACUGUGGCCCAUGACGUGAGUGCUCGUGAUUGGCUAACGACACGCAAUGGGAAACAGUGGCUGCUGGGGAAAACCUUCGACACCUUCUGCCCUCUGGGCCCUGCCUUGGUGACCAAGGACAGUGUACCAGGUAGGUCCCUGGACCCUGCCCCCUUGUACCUACCAUUGCACAGAUGAACAGCGUUCCAGGGAGGAGCGUGGGUUCAGGUACAUGCGGCGCCUGCCCUCCCUGGCCACCCUUUCACUGCUGACUCCACACAGGCCAAGUCUCUUACCCUCAGCCAUGAGUUCUCCCAUGGGCUUCCUUCCCAAGCGCCCUAGAGGGAACACAACUACCGAGGAUGUGAAACUGCAGGAAGUAAAGUGCAAAGAACACUGAGCUGAUGGGUGGAUCAGGCUUCCUGUGGCUGCAACCAUCUGAAACGAUCUAAGUUGAGCAUCGUGGAGCAUAGUUAUCACAAGGCCCUGGCAUCUUCCACAGUACAGGACAUGAGAGCCUGUGUGACUCACCCAGGCAUUGUGGAAACAGAACAGCACCGACCACACACAGUGAGGAGACAGCGCCAGGACGGGGGCAGUGCCCCAGAGGGCAGAGCGCAGUCUCUUAACACAGCCGCCCACAACUGUGGUGGAGAUGGGGGGAGGUGUCCCUGUGGGCCAGCCAUGCCAGGAUGCCAAAGACCCCAUU